AUGGGGAAGAAAGUUAUUGCUAAAAGAGCACCGCAUGAGAAAAUCCAUAAACUUCCAGGAUAUCCUAGACCAUCAACUCGUUCUCAAGACACCACUUUUACUCCUUCACUCUCUCCUCCUACCUCUCCUCCUCGCACUACUCCAAUGGCACGAACCAAAACUACACCAAGGUACCCUGCACCUGCCAAGCCGACACCACCACCGAAGGCCACAACUUCCAAGCCAGGCUCCUCAAAACCUGGUUCUGCAAAGCCUAGCUCAUCCAAAGGCAAACGUCCGACGACUGAAGAACCCAUUCCCGAACCAACACAACCCAAAUCCAGGUCUGUUCCAGUGCGCUCACAAAGAGGUAACCCUCAUCGCCCUCUCAAAUCUGUUAGAGAACCAGACAUUGAUCUUUUUGCUCACAAAUCACACUUCAUGACAUCUCACUCAGAUUAUAACCCCCAUCGUUUCAAAUCUACCAUGAACCAUGAUUUUUAUGAGGGAGUUAUUCAGUAUCGUACUCUAUGUCCCUCUUUUCUUGCUGAUUUACCAGAUUUGAUAAAGAAAGAUUUUUUUGUUGAAAAUUUGGAAUUUUUAGACUGA